ACCAGACCUGACCUGAGACUUCACCUCCUGACUUGCUCCCCGUAUUCACCUUAUACCGAGCACCUUGUGUCGUGUGUGCGUCGGGCAAUCGCCAGCAACCAGAGUUCGUUGUCGCGCGUGUUCUCCGCCAUGGACAUGUAGCAACUGCGGCGUCAAGUACCUCACAAACCUGACUAAUUACCUAACUCCCACUCGACUCUUUGGCGGCCGACAUGUAUCCCCACCCCGAAAAGACAAGAAACCGCGGCUACCUGGGACACGACAGCUCCGCGCUCCCACCACGAGACAGCCAGGAUCGCCAACAGCUGCGCUAUGAACUCGAUCUCAACUCGUGGAAUUUAAGAAUUUGGGGGGUGGCCGCCUCGGGAUUUCUGACAGACUCAUAUAAUCUCUUUGCUACCAAUGUCAUUCUCUCCACCGUCUCGUUUGUCUAUUUCCCCCACGACAAGUGGCGCGGCCUGAUCAUCAACCUCUUCACCUUGUCCGGUUCUGUAUUUGGUCAGCUUCUCUUUGGGUAUCUCGCCGAUAAAUAUGGGAGGACCCGUCUGUACGGCAUCGAGCUCGUCCUCGUCAUUGUGUCCACAAUCGGAGUCGCCACGACGAGUAACGGCUAUGGCGAUAUCUCGUUUUUAGCCCUCUUUACUUGGUGGCGAUUUGUCAUGGGCAUUGGAAUCGGCGCCGAAUAUCCAUUAUCCGCAGUGAUAACAUCAGAAUGGGCCAGUACAUCCUCCAGAGCGACAAUGCUGUCGUCCGUGUUCCUGAUGCAGCCGGUCGGCCAAGCUUUGGCCCAGAUCGUGGGCGUUUGGGUCCUCCUAGGCGAGAACGCUGGCCACGGCCUCCACGACAUGAAGUGCGGCCUCGACUCACUGCACGAAGAGGAAUGUAAAAAAAUCAUUGAUGGCACAUGGCGUAUCGUCAUCGGCUCGGGCGCCGUGCCCGCGCUGCUGGCCAUCAUCUUUCGUUUCUUCCUCUACGACUGCGGCCUCUACACCCUCGAAGUCAAGAACAAGCCCGGAAAUGCUUUCAGGGACACCCAACGAAUUUACGGCCCGCCGCCAGCCACCAACGGCUUGCCCUUGUCUCCGACCGGCGGUGCGGGUUACCUCGAAACGGAGACCAUGCCUCGUCAAUUCUCCCUCGAGGACCUGCAUACGUACUUCAUCAAGGAUAAGAAUUGGUAUUACCUCGUCGGCACCUCCAUGACAUGGUUCUUCCUCGAUGUAUCCUUCUAUGGGUUCAGUUUGGAUAACCGCGGCACUCUGGCCGACCUGUGGGCAACGACCGAGCGGGUCCCUAUCAACUCCAGCCUCCCAUGCUGGAAUUCCAGCUUCGAGAACGGGACGUCCCUCGUUCAGGGCUGGAAGGACGGAGGCCUGCCGACUUGGCAAACUGACCGCACCCAGCCUUGCAACACCAUCUACGAGACCAUCAUCGAGCAGACCAAGCAGUACCUCCUCACCGUCUCCGUCGCCUCCAUCGCGGGCAGCGCCUGCUUCAUCUUCUUUGCCAACCGGAUCCGCCGCCGAGAGUGGCUGACUUCCUCCUUUAUGAUCCUCACCGUCCUCUUCCUCGUCACGGGCGGCGUCUACUACGGCGUCGCCCACUCAUCAGGCGCGCCCGCAACCGUCGUGUGCGUGGCAAUCUGCCACUUCGUAUUCAACUUUGGCGCCAACACCCUCACCUUCAUCAUCCCCGCCGAGAUCUUCCCCACCACCUACCGCAGCACCUGCCACGGCAUCUCGGCCGCGGCCGGCAAGCUGGGCAGCAUCGUCGCGGUGCUCGUAGUCUACGGCAUCAACUCAGGCUACAACUCCACGACCCGCCAGGGCCUCAUCUUCCUCCUCUUCGCCACCUUCAUGGCGCUGGGCGCCAUCUACUCGUGGGCCUACCUGCCCGACGUGCAGCGCGCCGUGUACGACGGCGGGGAUACCGCCAGCGGCGGCGACGGGGGCGGCAAGAAGCGGCUCGAGACGCGCACGCUCGAGGAGCUGGGCGAAGGGUACGUGCGCGCCUGCCAGGAGGGGCAGGCCAUCGGGGUGCGGGAGAAGUGGGGCCUGCUGAGGGACCAGCUGCGGAAUCGUCGGGCGGCGGGGAAGAGGGACAGGACCGGGAUGGAGCAGAUGGGGAGGGGGGGCACGCCCCCCAUGGUGGUGGGGGAGGGGAUGGGGCGGCCGGCGGCGCCGGUGGAGGUGGAUGGUCGUGGUAUUGUUUGAGAUACAUAGAGGGGGGUAGGGGGCUGGUUUCGUUGAUCUUGUUGUUGUUGUGGGGAGUUUUGCUUGCUUGCUUUAGUGGAGGGGUGUUUAAUUCCUGCGUUAUGCCGCGAUAUUGCUGCUGUCUGUAUGUAUGUCCCAUCCCUGUUUUUGCUUCUCGGUAAUGGAUGUGCUAAAAAUAUGGCGCGCGGCGGGACGUGAGGCGGUGCCGCGGGAUGUGACAUGACCCUUUCUCGCGACCCUCGAGAAUCAUUUGCUUGGCCCGCAGUUCAGCUGAAUGGAUGGGCUUGGCGCAAUAGCCUAUUUCUAUGCUUCGAAGGCUUCAAGGAUCUGAUCUGUAGCUUGCGGGUAAACAAUGUCUCCAAAUAGACAGGGCGGGAGGUAGGUGGGACUGUCGUUGCCAAGAGAUCUCUGAUCAGGAGGAGGUCCCAUCCGUGAUGGGUCGUG